AUGUCAAGUGAUAUCCAGAUUUCCGUGGAAUAUAAUCCCAUAAACAAAAAAGAUAUUUUCACCGCUGGAGAUUAUAUCAGUGGGAAAAUCAAAUUAGAAUUGGCAAAAGUGUGCCAAAUAGAGAAGCUGAUUGUAAAGCUGAAAGGAAAAGCAGAAGUCAGAUGGACAGAGCAUUACGGGAGAACGGUAGUAGUCUACCAUAAGAAAGAAAAAUACUUCAGUAUCCGGAGUGACGUAAUCCAGACAAGCCACGGUAAGUGACCUGCUUCUUUAAAACAUUGAAAACAAGCUGCUCUCACCAUAUUAAUCCUGUUUAUAAGGCGUCAAAGUGAGAUGUGUCUUUUUCUUUUGAUUUAAAGUUUUCUCUUUACCCUGUUCUCCUGUGCUGUCCCCUGUUAUCUCUGUCAGAUUAAAUCCUUAUGUAUAUACUGUAGAUAUUCAUAUGUUUGUUUUGUAGUUCAAAUGUACAGGAAGGUGAGAUCUGUCCAAUCAUGGAUCAAGAUAGAAAACAAGUACAGUUAUCUGCUUUUAACAGAAGCAUAGUCUAACAUUAAACCUUUUUUAUGAUAACAGUUUGAUCUCUGGUUUUCUACGGCUUUCUUCUUACUGACUGUUGUGUAGAGCAUUUAAGCACUUCAACCUUUCCUAAUACAUGUUAACUUUAUUUAUCUGGUCUGAUAAACUGACCUCUCAAACUGUAAAUGAAGCCUCAUUAUGUAACUUUAUUGCCUUUCAGGUCAAAACAAUAUUGGGCCGGGCAGCCAUGAAUAUCCAUUCACCUUUCAGAUCCCUGCAGGGUGAGUUUUCUUUGAAAGAAAUUUUGAAAAGCACGAGCAAACUUGUGUUUUUACAUUGUUUGAUAUAUGAAAAGAUUUUUUUUUCAAUCUUGAUCUACAUGUGAAAUGAACCGUGUAGGAUGCUUAUUCUGGAUACUGUGUGAGUAUGAACAUCUGACAGAUAUAUUGCUAUUGUCAUAAACUGUGUUGGCAUGUCUUACAGAGACCUGCCGUCCUCCUUCAAAGGCUCCCAUGGAAAGAUCAAGUACACUUUGGAGGCAGUCCUGAGCAGGUCCAUGAGAAGAGACAGCAAAGCAAAGACCGAGUUCACCCUCAUCAACUGGAACCUUAGCAGGGAUGCAAUCGUGAUGGUACUCACAAAACACACACACCGAAUAUGCCUGUUGUAUGACUAAGACACCGCUGCAGAAAUGAAAAUAAUAACUUUCUCUCUAAAUGAUCUGUCAUUAUCCUGCCAGGCUCCACAGAAUCAGGGCAUUGAUAAGAAAAUGAAGCUUUUCACAUCAGGAGAAGUGGGGAUGGAUGUUAAAAUUGCACGGACUGGAUAUCAACAAGGUAGUUUUAACCAUGUGUGACUAAAAAUCACACAUUCCCUUUGCAGGCUGCUUUAAUAGUGGGCUGCACUACAAGAUAAACUCUUAUGUGUAGGUCAAAGUCUGUUUGAUAAUGGACCUUUUAAGGCCCUAAAGAUAAGAAUACAGCAAAGGUGACGAGGAAAUCCUAAUAGGUUGUCUCAGCGGAUAGGAUUAUUUCAAAACAGACUUAAAUUGCGCCAAACCAUCAAUUGAGAAGUUAGAAAGCAAAUCAUUUUUCCUUUCAUGGUUCAGGCUCUAUGCACCUUUGAUGGCUUAAGUUUGUGAAGUGAGAUGCAUUAAGACAAGAUUUACAAAGAAUGCUAAAAAGAGUACCUGAAAUUGUUUGCAGCAUAAGUUUUGUGCUAUAUCUUGUCUAACCAGUAAGUUUCUUUGUGAAAAGUGCGACAUUUGUGGCUUUUUUUAUUUAGGACAGCUAUUGAGAAACAGGAAAUGUGGGGAGCAGAGAGUGCUGGGAGCGCUCCAACCUGUAAAUUUCUAUUGUUAUGUACAUCCUAAAAUUGCAAAUGUAGGUGCCACCGAGAGAGGGUGAUUAAAGUGUGUUUUGAACUGACAUCUAUUGUGUAUUCAUUCUGCUCUGUUGUUCAGGGGAGGGCAUACAGGUUGUGGCUGCCAUCCAGAACAGAUCAUCUCGUGAAAUCAGGCCAAAGUUCUGUUUGUACAAAAAGUACAGUUACUUUGCACAGAAGAAAAGGAAACUGGAAACCAAAGACAUCCUUAAGGAGGUGGGUGAGCCUAUCCCACCUUCUUCAAGUCAGACUGUCACCAGGACCAUCACCAUCCCAGCAGACACAUGUGUGUCCAUCUUGAACUGCCAAGUCGUCAGAGCAGAGUACAGGCUCAGGGUGUGUAUCCCUCCAUCUUCACUAUGUAUUUGUUUGCAUUUAAAGGCUGCAUGAUGGUUUUAAUGAAUGUUGUAUUUCCCUUCAACAGGUCUAUCUGGAUGUUAAGUACGCAUCAGACCCACAGAUCAAGUUCCCCAUAAUCAUCCUUCCUGCUGUGACAGAAACUGAAGAGGAACAGCAGCCUGCCUACGGAUUUGGCGCAUUUGCAAACUCAGACAUGUUUGGAGGACCCAGCUUCUUUUCUAACCCAUCAAAUACCGGUCCUUCUGCUCCACCUCCACCAUAUGGGGCUCAUCAUGUGUACCCCUCUUUGGCUAGUUUUGAUGGAAAAUCUCAGAGCCUGUUUAAAACCUCUGUAUGA